UCUAUCUCACUCUCUCACAUUCAUGAUCCAUGGCUAUGGCUAGAUAUCUCUCGCUCUUGCCCUCGCCUUCCUAUCCCAAGCUCUACGGCUACUCUUCGCUCUCUCCAAUUCCCAGGGAAACAACUUUCCUCUCAUCGGCGUGCUUCAGAACAAAAGCAAGCACGCCCUCAUUCGUUUGUUCUGUCCAGAACGGUGCUGUCGUCGCCGUGGGCGAAGAUUUACCGCUCGAUUACGGGGAUUGGUUCCCAAAGCCGGAUGCCGGGGAUCGGAGAAGAGCAGGCGUGCUGUUCCAUCCGACGUCGUUGAGAGGACCUCACGGGAUCGGCGAUCUCGGAGACGAGGCGUUCCGGUUCGUCGACUGGCUCCAUGACGCUGGCUGCUCCGCCUGGCAGGUUCUUCCUCUUGUUCCUCCGGGAAGGAAGGCGAACGAAGAGGGGUCGCCCUACUCAGGCCAGGAUGCAAAUUGUGGUAAUACUCUCUUGAUAUCUCUCGAAGAACUUGUUAAGGAUGGUCUGUUGAUGAAGGAGGAGCUACCAAAACCAGUUGAUACCGACCGUGUGAACUUCUCAACUGUUGCUGACCUGAAAGAUCCUUUGAUAGCUAAGGCUGCAGAGAGGCUCAUUUUGAGUGAAGGAGAACUUAAAGGAGAACUUGAGGCCUUCCGUAGAGACCCUGAUAUAUCCAGCUGGCUUGAAGAUGCAGCUUAUUUUGCUGCCAUUGAAGACAGUUUAAAUACUUUCAGUUGGUAUGAAUGGCCUGUAGCUCUAAAGAAUCGCCAUCUUGCAGAGUUGGAAAACAUUUACCAAAGCAAAGAGGAUUUUAUAGAUGAAUUCAUUGCCCAACAGUUCUUAUUCCAAAGGCAAUGGCAGAAAGUUCACAAGUAUGCACAGAUGAAGGGAAUCAGCAUAAUAGGCGACAUGCCCAUUUAUGUAGGUUACCACAGUGCAGAUGUUUGGGCAAAUAAGAAACAUUUUUUGCUGAACAGGAAUGGUUUUCCUCUUCUAGUUAGUGGUGUUCCCCCUGAUGCCUUCAGUGAAACUGGUCAGCUGUGGGGCAGCCCUCUGUAUGAUUGGAAAGCCAUGGAGAAAGAUGGAUUUUCAUGGUGGAUACGCCGCAUACGACGUGCACAGGAUCUAUAUGAUGAAUUCAGGAUUGACCACUUUAGAGGAUUUGCUGGCUUUUGGGCUGUUCCUUCUGAAGCAAGAGUUGCGAUGGUUGGAAGAUGGAAGGUGGGACCUGGAAAAUCCUUGUUUGAUGCCAUCUCCAGAGCAGUUGGGAAGAUCAAUAUAAUAGCAGAAGAUUUGGGAGUUAUCACAGAGGAUGUAGUCCAGCUUAGGAAAUCCAUUGGGGCACCUGGAAUGGCUGUUCUCCAGUUUG